AUGAUAAAGGGUUGUGAGCUUGAAGUGUGUUCUAAAAAGGAAGGGCUUGAAGUCGCUUGGUUCCGAGCUGUCUUAGAGGAGAACCCUACCAAAAAUCAACAGAACAAACUCCGUGUCCGCUACACGACUCGUCUAAACAACGACGGUUCCUCUCCCCUCACAGAAACUGUCGAGCAGAGAUCCAUCCGGUCGAUACCACCAAAGGAUCUUCAAAACAGCGUCGUUUUGGAGGAAGGUACGGUGGUCGACGUGAAUCAUAAACAUGGGUGGUUGGUUGGUUUUAUCGUAAAGGAAAAAUCAGAGGGUGACAAGUUUUUGAUUUACUUGGAUUCACCACCGGACAUAUUCGAGUUUAAAAGAAACCAGUUGCGUGCUCAUCUUGACUGGACCGGUUCGAAAUGGAUCGUACCAGAAACCAAGGAACCGAAUAAGUCCAUGUUUCACCCCGGAGCAAUGGUGGAAGUCAGUUAUGUCGUCAGGGAUAAAAUGGAAUUUGCAUGGCUCCCAGCGUUGACGGUUUCAGUGGUUGAAGACGACGAUAAGAACAAAUUCCUUGUCAAGUACUUGAGUCAGAAGUUCAGCACCAGUGUUGAUGAGCCAAUACAAAUACCGGUUGUUGAUGCACACCGUGUUAGACCCGCACCACCGCCUGCUUCUUCAACCGAAGAAUAUACUAUAGAGUUUACAAAAGAGGAACGUGAGUUUAAGCACUCGGAACUUCGACCCUUGAUGGUGUGGGAACAUGGGGUUUGGCGUAAAGGACCAAAGCAAAUGGCCUUAAAGGAGAAUACAAUUGGCACUUGUUCUGGUGCUAAGCCACUCACUAAAGCUAAUAAUGUGGCUGCCACUGGAGAAUCGAGUAAGAAGAAGGCUCAUGCUGUUAUGAAUGACAAAACUCCUCAGGGCACAACCCCACCAGUAAUAUCAACUGGAGAGUCUGUUUCACUUGUAACCCCAUCCCCAAUCAUAACUACAACAUCACUGAUACAAACUAGAACUGGAGGAAAAAAAUCCUCUGAAAAUCCUCUUAAUAAAACUAGGAUUCAGAUUGGCUUGACAAAUGAUUCCACUCGAAGGAAGAUGCCUAAGGAGAAGAAUAGCGAAGCUACUAGUAGCAAAAGGCAAAGAGAACAAGGACAACUUAUAAAAGAAACUCCAAAGAAACCAAUAAGGCGCUCUUCUUUUGGUGCUAAGCCCAUGAAUCCACAUGACAAUGGCCAGACACUCACUCGAGCUGCCAACGGAGGAUUGAAAAAGAAGAGGGCUAAUUCUAUGGUGAACGAUAAAGCUCCUCGGGUCAUAACAUCGAUAGCUGGGACUAGCAAUGGUUCAAAUGUUGUACAGCCUCUCUCUGCUUGGAUAAUGGGUUUGCCUUUUGCAAAGACGUUACCAUUUUGGAAGACGUAUGAAUCAGCCGGUUUCGAAUAUUUUCCACAACGACCUCACUUCAUCCCAUUGCUUAAAGAUAAAGAGGAUCUCCGUGAGUUGUCGGCGGUUGGUAUGAUAGUCACCUUUUACGGGUUACUAGACGAAGUAAAAGCUCUGAAGCUGGAUGAUCCCAUGAGCAAGCUCAAGGAUCUCAGUGUGAAAUUUGCCACACUAGAAAAUCAUGGUUUCAACAUUAAAUCUCCUCAAGGUAUAAUCAACAAAUUGUUGUCUCUUAAAGAUGUGCGAGCUAAGAAAGUUGAGAAACAACAACGUUUUGAGAACAACAUUGAAAAGGAAGAAAUAGAAAGUCGCAAGUUGCAAUAUAAGAGGGCUGGGCUGAAACGCAAGAUUUGUGAGCUGCAGACACAAUCUGAAGUUGCGAAAGUGAAGAUGGAAGCCGCUGGGGAAAAGAUAGCAGCUAUGAAGUCACAUACGGAAAAGAUUGGUCGAGAAAUUGAAAAUGUGGGGCUUGAGUUUCAAAAAGUUGUAUCGGCUUCAUGGUAAUAAGUUAAUACUAACAUCUCCUUGCUUUGGUAAAUGAAACCAAAAGACUUGUCUGUGGUUGUUGGAUAUUAUGUUUUUUUUUUGGUAAAAUGUUGGAUAUUAUGUUUGGAUGUUUAAG